CAGUAGCACAAAGUGUAUAGCAAACAUGACAAUUAUGGCCUGACUUUUCUGAUGUGUGCGAAGGCAGAUGAUUUUCUAAAGAUUUUUGUUAACCUUUUCUUUCUCGGUCUCGAUAUUAGGUGUAUACCUAUGGUUACCUGUUAUGGCUAUAUCACUGACACUAGCAUCAAAUUAUUAAUGACUUUAACCUACUUGCUUGGUCUUUUUCAAAUGGUUAAGUGUCACCGCGAAAGAGAUUUUGUAUUUUGUUUAGACAACAUGGGCUGAAAAUAUGCUCAUGCCAUCCCGGAAAAACUAGAAGAGUGAUUUUCUGAAGAUGAUGAACAUUUGUGGGAUUGUAAUUCUUGGUUUGGUUCUUCGUAGUAUCUCAGGAUUUGAACAAUCCAAUUCAAAUGUUCAAGGAGUUUAUCGACGCUCUAGUUACGAGAACGGUGUUGUGUUUAAUCCAUUUAAUGGAAUUACAGGGAACCGAGGACCAGCCUUGAGGAAAAGGGAUACUAAAGGAUCAGGAAUUGCAGAAAAUCGACGAAUUUUCGACCAGGAAAUAAACAACAGAGAAAGCUCGUUAAAGAAUCAAAAGUCAACGCCAUUGAGGCGAAGAUCGAACCUGAAUGAUCCAAUUGCUGCAAAACUCCGCGAGAAGCUCAAGUCUACAUUAUCUAACAGCGAUCCUAACUCAGAUUCGUAUAUCGAGCUACCGCCGAACAAUAUCCUUCCGGAUGAUGAUUUGGACACGGACAAGGGCGGUGGCAGUAAGGGGGUUACUGACGCUAACAAAAAGGUGGACACCCCCGCUCCGCAAGUGGUACCCUCUGGAAAUAACCCUGUGCUUCCACAGGCAGUGACCAUUGCACCGGGCGUGACCUUACCGUAUGGUGUCACCCUACCUUCGCCUGGAGAGACCAUGCCGCCAUAUGGUAGUACCCUCCCGUCGGGGGUACAGUCGGCACCAGGUUCAGUAGCUCAGGCAAUGUCUUCACUGGCUGCCGCAUUGGGGCUAUCGCAGUCGGCACCGCAGACUUCGCCUUAUAUAUUCCUCCCUACGACCCUCCCGACACUACCCACUACCCCUACUCCUCCCCCCACAGCCCCUACCUCGACCACACCCACCCCAUCAUACGAAGCCAAGGAGGCGGCUCUCAAGACCGGAAAUGAGACCAACCAGGAUAUUGAGCUUAGUCUGAAUAUCGACCCUGGUGAACAACAACCGGAAGUGCAAACUGCACAGCCACAGGUAGUCCAGGCACCGGCCCCUCAACCACAGGUAAUUCAAGUGCAAGCGCAACAGACUCAGCCCCAGAUUUUGAUCGCCUCACCUCCUCAUUCUCCAAAGAUCCUUAUCGCGCAGGACGAGCCUCACUAUCAAACCUUUCAUAUUGAUGAGCCUCACUAUCAUGUCAUCGAGCCACAUUACCAUGAUGAUUACCACUACUAUGACCAUCACUACGACGACUAUCACCAUGACGACUAUCACCAUGACUACCACCACCAUGACUACCAUCAUGAUCAUUACGAAGAACCGGAAUACCGUUCUUUGCAUUACCAUUUACCUGAACCCUACGUGAUGCCCCCUUAUUAUGGCAUGGAGACGGCUAUGUACCCCUACGGAGGGGUCAUGCCGACAAUGGGGUACCCCCUGGGGAUGACCACGCCCAACCCGUAUGCGGCCAUGUACGGGGUCGGGAUCCUAGGGAGCCCUCUGCAGGGUCAGAUACAGCAGGGCCUGAUGUCUAACCCAUUAGGUGGUAACGAAAUGGGAGCGCUCGCUGAGCUCCUCUCAUCUGCCAUUCAAUCCUCCGUCACCCAGUCACAGCCCCAGGUCUUAUCACAAGCGCUUCUUCAGGCGGCCAAUCAGGCGCAAGCAUCUAACCAGCCUCCACAGGUUCUUACCACUGCUCUUACCCAGGCCCUAGCACAAAAUAUGGCACAGGGACCCCAAACAAACAUGCAACAGUUGUUGAACUCGUUGGCGAUUGCUUUGAGCUUGGCACGAACGCAGUCAAGCCAAGGAGGCGCGUUUAAUCAGGCAUAUCCGGUCAUAACUGCUUUGUUAGCCAAUCAAAGGCCGUUACCGUCCCAGAAUGCGGCUCGACCUGGCCUGGUUACCCGGCCCGUCACGCAAGUUGGUGUUGUCACGCCAGGAGUAGGGUCUGUCGCGCAAGCAGCUGGGACUGGCACGGCUCCGGGUGCUUCCGUACAGACACAGUCCGCAAUACCCACAGAAUCUGCGGCCGCAGGGCAGUCAGCGGUAGCGCCACAGGCAUCCCCUACCGUACCAUCCAUUUCAUUGGGACAGACCGCUGAAGGGGGUCCUGCGGUCUCACUGGGCCCGUCUGUCGCGAACUCCGAAAACUCGGAAAACGUCCCAUUUAGUAUGGACCAACCGAGCAAGAGGCCUCGAAUUAACUCCCGAGCUUUAGCCAAAACUAUGGCCCAGGCUCUUCUCAAAGCUGCCAGAACAAUGGCAAGACGAAGGCAAUCUGAUAGUUUGCAGAGAGACACGAUAUUUAGUGACGUUGCGGGGCCGUAUCUUAACAGAAAGCUGAGCAGGCGGCUGAUAUCUUAUUUAUACCCAAAGAAUAAUGACCCUUGGUGGUACCAGCGGAGUCUCUCUUACAUGCGUAUAGCAAAUGAGUUAGAGAUGAUGCGGUAUUAUAUCCAGCGGCAACACACACAGAGCAUGCUCCGGAGGUAUUGCUGUACAUGCUAGGAUCAGUCGACAGUAGCCUCGUUCCCAGGGUCUUCUCAGAAGGCCCUUGGAGCUAGGACUUUUUAUCAAGCUCUUUUUUUUAAAGCCCUUUGUAAACAGCGCCAGCAUUUCUGGCGGACAUUGGCCAGCAAAACUGACACUGUGUUCAGACUGUACCAAGAGGGGCUAUGAAGUAGCUCAGCAGUAUUUCCUUUGUCUUGUCAGUCGAGCCAAACACCCUUCUCGUGUGUUUGAAGACUAAAAGCGCGCAAAUGUCAGAGGGUUGUUGUGGGAUAAUUUGUUCGCGCUAAAAAAUCAACUUUUACCAGUCUGGAAACAUUAAAUUGAUGAAGGACUUGACAGCGAUCAUCGCAAAAUACUCGGGGGGUUGGAUUAUUGGACUUAUAUAUACAAAGUGCAUCGUAUUUCAUCUUUGUCAUUCGUUCAUUGUCAUGGGACUACUUGAGGUGUCUGUCAGUCGCCAUUAUGUCACCUUAUCGAAGUAACGAGUGUCAGAAAGCAGCUAUUUCCAUUGGCUGAUUUGUGGACGCAGUUCAGAAAUGCUCGAUUGAAUUUGGGAAAUAAAGCACGAGACUUUAUUUUCAGGUGGUUAUUUCGAGAUUUCUUCUCAUAAUUAGUCAUCAAAUAUUGGUUGAAAACGAUAACAAAGUUGCGGCUGACAGGGGCUCCUUAAGUUAUGAAGCAAUCAGCGAAUGAGGACGACAAGGGGCGGGAGGAGAGUGGACAAAAAUAUUGUCUGAUUUGCCGGCUUUUAGCUUGGGCAUGCGAAACUGCAAAGAAACAGAGUACUCAGGCUUUUAAAAGUACUUUGCUGAGUCGUUGACGUGGCUUAAAAAUAGUUCGUGGAAAUGAAGCUAGGUAGCUGCGUAACUAACACUUUGAGCGCAAUGUUUAUUUGUUUAGUAUUCCUUAAUGUAGACAUAGUUACCUUUCACAUUAUUCGUAGGAAUAUGGUAAAGGAAGGGGUGGGGAAUUAAUCAAUCAUAAUGUAAAUAUGAUAAGAAAAAUGAGCCAUUAUCUACUGUAUGGACAUACAA